AUGUUUAUCCCAAAUCUAAUGCCAGGUGAUAUCCAUCGAAUGUGGAUGAACCGUACAGGCGCUCACUACAUGGAUAGCACAAGUUCCCCACAUAAUGUAUCUGGUGAAUAUAAUGUGUGCUCUGGUAAUGAUCGAAAUGAAUACCCAUCAAUGCCGUCUUAUUCGGCAAAUACUUCCGGUCCUAUUACACAUAUGCAAUCUACUAUGAAAAUUAGAAAGAUAAUUGGGACACAUGACGAGUCAAAUACAGGAUUUAAUGAUGUCUUCACUACCUUGGAUCAGGUUAGCCUCAUUCUAGAUUCCAAACUUAGAAGGCUAAACGAAAUUGGUAGCAUUGGUGCUGAUACAAUAAAACCAUUUGGAUAUGACAAAACUUUAAAUGAGUUACGUGCAGAGCAUGAACAGGAAAAGAAACAAGAAGAGAUGCAACAUCCGACGGGAUCACCAACUCAAACCGACCUUAAUGAAUUGCAAGUUUCAGCAGCAAGCACCAAUUACAACUAUUCUAAUAAUGAAGGCAGUGUGAAUAAUUUAAGAGAGAGUAUUGUUGAUGCAGAUCCAUCAACGUCUAACCAUAUACCCGAAAGAGUGUCUGUAUCCAGCGAGGAUCCAAUUUCCUCCCAUGAUCUUGACGCUGAACUAUCCAAUAGGGACGAAGAUAGUAAUGCUGAUUUGGAAUCAGUACAACACGAAAAUGACGUUCAUAUUGCAGUGGAUGAUCACAGUUCAGAGUCCGGCGAUGUACAGCAAAACUUUGAUACACAUUCAUUGGGAGGGAACCAAGAAAGCAACGAAGAGGAUAUGCUAGUGCAAACCGACGGCGAUGGCGAGUUCUUCAUGGCAUCCGAAGAAUAUCAAGUUGACCAUACAAUUAAUGAAUAUGCUCGAAAACGAACAUAUUCAUUUUUGGGAAAUUCAAGUUUUACACAAUCACCAGUUCAGGGUACUUCCAAUGGGCUGUCUGGUCAAAUAGGUGCUAUGGACACAGGUCCUAUAAGUGGAACAACAGCAACAAUAUACUCUUCUGCAGCCAAUGAUAUUGAGCCUACCGCACUAACUUCUCCAUUGGGCGAUAUCGAAGAUGAAAUAUCCGACCAUGACAUGACGGUAGAAUAA